GGUUGCUAUGAGGUAGGAGAUGAGUUGGAAAGGCCUCGUCCGCGCUAGCUAAGACACGUUUACGCUCUCGUAGUGGUAGUGUAGUCCCGGCAAAGGGGCCCAUUCCCCUACCAACCUUGGCGAUGGGGCAGACCAAACUCCUCGUACUGGUACUCAGUUAGUACUGACUUCAGCUUUGUCCAGAUCGCCUCGUAUACUCCGAUCGCAUUGCUGAGAAGGUUUUUUUCUUUGAUUUCUCUGCACACCGCGUCGUGCAUCAAUUUCACUCGUUUCCUUCCAGUAAAUAUCUUUUCAGCUUUAUUAGUAACAAAGUAAAAUUUGAAAUUAGUAACAACUAGUAGAAAUUUCGUAAAACAAAUUAAAGUUUAUUUCAGUGAUUAUAUUUGUUGAAGAAUAUGUGAAAAUAAAUCUGAAUAAUGUUAAAGAAAGAUGAUAAUUUUUUUAGGAAAAUAUGUGUAUGCAUGUGUGUGAAUAUGUGGAUAUAAAUGUGGUGUUUUUGAAGUGGUAGACUUAUUCUUAUUAAGUCUUAAUCUAGUGAACAGAAUAUUUUUUAUAAGUGAAUUUAGAAUUAUUAAUAAAAUUGCCAGUGAAAUUUAAUAUUAAAAGACUAAAAAUUUAUCUUAAGCUAGAUUUUCACGCAUAAGCUGAAGCAAGUGUUUAUCAAAGGAAUUUGUUGCCGACAUUUGGAUUCUCUUCGAUGGACUCUAUGCUGCUCUGAUAUAGAAGAAUUAUUAACUAAAGGAUUCUCAAAAAUUAUAUAUAAAAAAUGGUUAAAAGUGCAUCGCGAAGAAGCUGGAAAGAAACAGUUUAAUUAGAUCAUGAGCAGCAUUGCCAAGAGAAGACACACGGCUGUCUUUGGUUCCCGAAGAUGGUGGCAAGGUGGUUGUUGGACAACUAAAAGUCAUCAGGAAGCUUAUUUAAGAAAACUUUACUCUCGGAAGCAUGCAACUGGCAUGCAAAGUCAUUCAGAUGAAGAUAAUAAUGAUUCCGUUAUUUCACCUUGGAAAGCAGCAAUUUAUGAUUUACCAACUAAUGGCGAACAUUAUUUGGAUAGUUUCUUGAGAAGCAGAAGUGAAAACGGUAACGGUUGCCCUGCACUGUCUACACCGAGGGCUAGUCCUACUGAAAAAUGUGUAGAAUUCCUGAUAAGAAAUGAUGCAGUGAAUCCGUGCCAUGAUAGAAAUUACGACUUGGAAGAAAAUGAGGAACGAAUCACAGAGCGCAAUCUAGAUAAUCUUCUAAGAGCUGAAUACGGUUCUAAUUUGGAAAAAGUUUGCAAGAGCUGCAGAUGUCCAAGAGAAGAUCGUCAUCAGUUAGCGUCAGCAGAAUUUGGAGUAACCCCGAGUUUAGAAUUGGUCCCAGGUUGUAUUGCGAUGGCAAUGACAUUUCAGAGCAGUGGGACUGUGGCCAUCACAGACUCUCAACAGGAACAAUUUGAAAGUUCUGUUCAACAUCCCACAGACGCCCCUCCUUUGCAAGAUCCUCUUGUUCAGCAUCAUCAUCAUCAUCAUCAACGGCACUCUCAGAGUGAUGAUGACAGCGGUUGUGCUCUUGAGGAAUAUACCUGGAUACCUCCGGGCCUCCGACCCGAUCAGGUUCAGUUAUACUUUAGUGGACUACCAGAAGAUAAAAUUCCAUAUGUCGGCAGUGCUGGAGAACGAGAAAGAGUGAGGCAAUUGUUGCAGCAGUUGCCACCUCAUGACAACGAGGCUAGAUAUUGCAGUGGUUUAACGGAAGAGGAAAAACGAGAACUGAGAGUUUUUGCAGGACAAAGAAAACGUGAGGCCCUUGGUCGAGGUCAAGCCAGCCAAGUAGACCGGGCUCAUGGAAGCGGAUGUCGAGAGUGCGGUAGGGCCAUCGCUUCCGGAGAAAUUGCUGUUAUUGCGACUAGAACAGGACCUGCUGCUCUCUGGCAUCCAGCUUGUUUUGUCUGCUGUGUUUGUAGACAACUUCUUGUCGAUCUCAUUUAUUUCUGGAGAGAUGGAAGACUGUAUUGUGGUCGGCAUCAUGCAGAGACCCUUAAACCGAGGUGUUGUGCUUGCGAUGAAAUCAUUCUUGCGGAUGAGUGCACUGAAGCUGAAGGCAGAGCAUGGCACAUGAGACAUUUUUCAUGCCUAGAGUGCGAUCGACAACUCGGUGGACAGAGAUAUGUAAUGAGGGAAGGGAGACCUUACUGCUUACAUUGUUUUGAUGCUUCUUUUGCUGAAUAUUGUGACAGUUGUGGUGAGCCAAUCGGAGUAGAUCAAGGUCAAAUGUCUCACGAGGGACAGCACUGGCACGCUACAGAGAGUUGCUUUUGUUGUGCUACUUGUCGAACGUCACUUUUAGGAAGACCAUUUUUACCUCGACGUGGAGCAAUUUACUGUAGUAUUGCUUGCAGCAAAGGAGAACCACCAACAACACCGAGCGAUUCAUCUGCUGGUCCACCACCACCACCAACUUACCUGAGGAUUCCAAGGAGGAAACCUACGCCCCCUAGUGAAGGAUCUUUAAGUCCACCACCACCACCUUCAAUCUCAAGGCAUACCCUUGGUUCACCGAGGAAUUCGCCUCGAUUCAUACGAAAGCAACCUCGUCAACGCGUUUCUGUUUCUUUAGCUACUACUCCAACUCAUGGAACAACUUCUGUUGAUUUUUCGAGUGGAGAGCUUUCCGGUGUGGGAUCUAGGUCCGAGGGACUUGAUAGAGUUCUUCUCGAGAGAAAUCUUGAAAAGAUUCUUCAAGAACGAGGGUCUCAUUCUCAAGAAAUGUCCAGUGACAAGGGAAGAUUGAUGCAAGCGGCAGAUAGAGAACCUCUUCGAUGUGCUCAAAGUUGUUCUCCUUCUCAUGCCUCAAGUAUGUCGAAACUUCCUCCACAACCAGUGUCUUUAACCUCUUUAGCAGCAGCAAAAUCCCCUGGUGAUCUGUCAACAGCUUCUGUGUCACCAACUACACAAAACAUGAACACUACAACAAAUAAUAAACUUAAUCCAGAUGUAUCAACACCAACAUCACGCAGAGUUCGGUUUCAAGGCGAUGACAAUGCUCCAAGUUCCUCAUCUCCCCUUUCGGCAGAAGAACACAAACAAUUUUUACCAUUAACGUCAAAAUUGAACGUCCCUCGAUUAAAAAGUUUACAGCCUGAAGAAGUUACUGCUACGUCUUGGACUGAUAUAACAUCCAGAGUAAAAACUGAAGAUGAAGAGAGUUGUUGUUCGACUUGCAGUACAUCGAGCAGUUCCGAUGAAGCAACAGCAUAUACCUUACCACCUAGACGUGCCUAUGGAGGUGUAAGAAUUUCUUAUGUGCCAAAUGAUGCUGUUGCUUGUUCUCGACAUCGAGCACUAUCUACUGAAACUUCUUAUCGUAAUCAAAAGGACGCCGAAAAAUGCAUUCUAUCUUGAUCAAAAGUUUUAAUUAUCUUAAUUUUUUAUAUUUGUUCAUUCUAGAUUAACGAUUAUUAUACGCUUAGGUACAAAUAGCAUCCGUCCUAAGGAAGUUUUAAAUAAAAAUUUUUACUCAACUGAUAACCGCAAUGUGUCAAAAUUUUUAUUCAAUCGAAUUAUUAUUUAGCGAAACUGAUAUUUCACAAAAUUAUCAUAUAAUCAAACUGCCAUGUAACCAGAAUUGAAACGUAACAGAAUUAGUACUUAAUCAAGCUGUCAUGUAACAAAAUUGUUAUUAAAAAAAUUUGUCAUUUAAUCUAAGAGCCAUAAAAUAGAAUUGUCAUUUUAUCGAACUGACAUUUAACGAAUAGUCAUUGUUCAGAGAAUAUAUUUAGUCAAAUUAAUUGUUGUAUUUGAUUUAUUCAAAUCUUGUUAAGGGGUUACAUGGGUCAAAAAGGUCAAAAGUUACAUAUUGUUAGUUAUCUUAAAGUACACUAUAAAAUAAGUAAGUUAUAAAAUUUUUCUUAAUAAACAUUAGAAAUUAAGCCAAUGGCAACAGGUUCUUUGAGACCUCUUUCAAAAUAAGUGAUUUUUCAGUAGUCACGAUAUUUAAUGACUACUUUAUCAAAAAUAAGAAAACCAAAUAUUUUCUGGUAGUAGAUGAGUAUAGCUCGUGAUUGAACGAAGGGUUUUUAAAAAAAUUAAAAUUUGAAUUUUUGGUAGAAUGUUUUGUCACACAUUACGAUUUUUGGGACCAAUUAGACCAUGUAAAAUUGGUUGUAAUGAAUAGAAAAAAAACUACUUUGUUCAAUCACUAGUCAAUACUAUGUAGAUGAAAUAUGCCAAAUUUUACAAAAAUCGGUGCAUUAGUUUUUGAGAAGUCGUGACUACCGACUUUAAAAAUAAAGUUUUGAGAAAACAUAUUUCAUUUUCUAGGCUCAAGACUAUGAGUAUUAAAUUAAAUAUAUAAAAAAAUUUUAAACGAAAAAAAGGAUCUGAUUCAAGAAACAAACAGACUCCACAUAAUUUAACAUGAUAAUUCUCACAGUACCAGAUAUCCUAGAGAGAAGCGGUUCGAAUAUCCAUUAGAUGUCCUAAGGACAUCCAAAAUAUGUCUUGAGGAUAUAUCUGGACGUCUAUGGGAUAUCCUUAUGAUAUCCCAAGAAUAUUGUCUACAUUUUACACUGUCGUCUUGAUUUUCUAAAAUCUCUUUUAAAAUAUCUACUAGGACUUUUAAAGACUAAAAUGCCAAGAAAAUUUACUUCAUUCAAUGAACAUUUAGUAAAAUGUUAGUUCCGUCCAAAUGAUAAUUUAGUUGAAUCACAAUUCUGUAACAAGGCAGUCGGGUAGAUUAAUACAUUCUGUUAGAUGAAAAUUUGGUUAAAUGACAGUUCGAUUAUUAUGAGUCAAUUUUGUUAAGUAACAAUUGUGUAAAAUAUAGUUUGUAAUAUAUAUGAAUCAUUGUACAUAUCUUUUUCAUGAUAAUAAUAAUUAUCACUAUCAUGUAAAUAGAGUGCCAAACUCUCGAUGUGAUCAAGUAUCUUAGCAAUAAGUAUACUUUUGUAUUUUUUAAAGUAUUUGGUUUUUAUUAAUUACUUAUAUAUGUAUUUCCAAAAGUUUAAACUGCUUCUGUGUCUAUUGAAAAUAAAACUUUAUUGCAAUUUAAAUAAAGCAAGCAAAUAAUUUUCCAUA